AUGACUGUGACGAUUGACGAUGCUAUGUGUGAUGGAAAGGAAGCUUCGGGAAGCUCCUUGACUUUAGUGGUGGACGUGAUUGUUGUUGCUGCGGAGAUCACGAAGGCCUCAGCUACGACACUCGAGGUUGCAAUGGUGAUUGGUGGUGGUGCGGUCGAUGAUCGCGUAAGAGCUAUGAUUAGCUCGGUGGCUGAUGUUGGUGAUGAGAGAGCUACAAUUAGCUCUUCAUUGGCGGCAGUUGAUGAUGAUGGGGCUACGGUUAGAUUCUUCGUCAACGGAGACUCGAUCAGUGAUCUGUCCCUCGUUAGAACCCCAGCCCUAGCGGUUAGGGUUUCAUCAUCGUUGCUGGCGGCGCUCGUGGCCUCGGCGAAAGGUGGUUGCGUAUCCCUUGUCAUGGCAGAGCGUGGUUGCAUGUAA